AUGGAUGAUGAUAACUCGUGCCUGUUCAGGUCCAUAGGAUAUGUACUCGAGAGAGAUGUCUCAAAAGCAUCGAUUUUACGCAAAGUAAUUGCAAAUGCCAUUGCAGAAGAUCCUAUCACUUAUGAUGAUGUGACAUUAGGGAAGCCAAGAGAGCAAUACAUUGAGUGGAUUCAAAAGGAUGCAUCUUGGGGUGGAGCUAUUGAAUUAUCUAUAUUUUCCAAGUAUUUUUCUAUCGAAAUUGAUAGCAUCGAUGUACAGACAGGUCGUGUGGAUAGAUUUGGCGAAGGACUUUAUCCAGAGCGAGUAUUCAUUCUAUACAGUGGAAUCCAUUAUGAUGCGCUUGCUAUGUCACCAAUAGAAGACGGCCCUAUGGAAUUUGAUCAAACUAGAUUCCCAAUAAACGAUGAAUCUGUUUUCAAGGCAGCCCAAAGUAUUGCUACAGUUUUACGUCAGAGCCAUCAAUAUACCGAUGUUACCAACUUUACUUUGAAGUGUCAACAGUGUAAAAAAGGUUUGGUGGGAGAAAAAGAUGCCCAAAUGCAUGCCUCUUCUACUGGGCACACGCAUUUUGUUGAAUAUGAAUGAAAUAAACAGCGUCUAUCAUGUUGUUUUGAUAAAUGCUUGUAUUAUCUAAAGAUGUUUGUGUCAUAAUUAUACCGUACAUUAUGGAAUGAUUUAUUUAUGCUUUAAUUAUUAUUACUAUUAUUUUUUUUU